AUGGACGAUAACACCACGUGUCCUCCAACAGCGACCGUCCCUUCCACAGCACCGCCUCCAAAGAGCCAGGACACCACUCUGAACGUGAUUUUCUGGGUUAUCGCUGUUGUUUCCUUCACUUCCAAUUCGUUAUUUUGCAUUGUGCUUCUUAGAAAACGGUCCAUGCUACGGAAGGCCCAUAAUAUUCUACUGUUCAGUUUAGCAGUAGUAGACAUGCUAACUGGUGGGUUUCAUUGGCCGGCUCUGUAUGUUUUAUCAAGUUGCGCUUUCUUUUAACUCCCAAAAGAGACUAACAUGAAACUUCUCCCUGUAAUAUCUCUUAAUUAUUCAGCAAACAGGUGAUGAGAAUACUGACACUUAUUAGGUAGAUUUUUGUUAUCCUCAUCUAACAACAAAUUCUCAUAACUAAUUCACAAGGAAAUCUGUAACAGCUAGAGGGGAGAAUUGACAAUAAGAUAGUGGGUUAAUCCAUGCAGCUUACUCAAAUUUAGACUACACACCUGCCAAUCCCUGCCCAAUUUUUUAAGUCAAAAGCGUGACAUUCUCAUCCUCAGAGUGCUAGAUUUUUCGUGAAAACCCGAUCACUUCCGGAGAAAAGUGCGCUUAGUUGCCAGAGUUCCUCGCUUCCUAGGAAAAUACAAAGAAAGUCAUAAAAAAAGGGUUGAUAUCAAUAUUUGCAACAAUCUAUCUCCCAAUCAAGUCGUGUAACCUUUCGGGUAAGGGUAGUCACUCGGAAAGUAGUAUUGUCGGUGCCUGUUAAAGGUCUGGUCAACUUAAGUUUAAUUUUAAGUCUUCAACAGUGCUUUUCAGGGCUACUCUCACUCGGACGAUCCAUUUACACGAUUUAAUUUAACUCCGCUUUUGUAGCUACUCCCUAACCUGUACUCAUCAUUCUCCACAUCACUCUAAUUUCAAUUCGUAAACCGUUUAGGAGUGUUUCUCGUGGCUACUCCCGGAUAUGCCAUAUCCAAGUCUGACUACCCAGUCCCUCUCGGACUACGUGGUGAGAUUUUUUGCCGCCUGCUCGCCAACAGAUAUCUGCUGUUCGCAAUGGGAAAAGUUUCCAUACUUCUUGUGGCCUAUCUGGCUGUUGAACGAUGGUAUUGCGUGUUCAGGCCAAUCAGAUACAGGAAUCAGUUUAACAGAAAACGUAUCAUCAUAUCUGUUUUUAUCAUGUUUAUUGUGACGUGUGUUCUUUCCAUGAAUAAGCUUUUUGAAACAUGUCUCGUAGGUAAUAAGUGUGUUUCGAAGAAAGCCCCUUACGGCAAGUACGGCACUCGAGCCUUUAUUAUCACUUACAGUUUUGUGGCAUUUUACAUUCCUUGUUUGUUGACAUGGCUCACAUUUGCCCAUAUUAUGAUAAAUCUCCCAUCAUCCCCUGGGGAAAGCGUAGAAAAUGUGAACAAACGAAGGCGACAGAGAUUGCUUCUGCGCAUGUGUGCCUUAACAGCGGCCGCUUUGACAAUCUGUGUUUUCCCCUCACAAACCAUUUACGUUCUCAGUCCUUUCGGGAUCACUAAAAUUGGUAGUCCUGUACAUAAAGGGUUUAAUAUUCUUGUGUUUAUCAACUCUUGCGUGAAUCCGUUUAUCUAUUGUUUUACAAACAAAGAAUACAGGAAGGAGUUUAAAAGGCUCUUGGGGUGUAACAAAGGUUAUCAGGUAUCUCCAGAGACCGAGAUGGGACCAAAUCAUACUCAAGCAACUACGGCAAUGAAUUGA